AUGGAAAACAAUGAAUUAAGCAACUCAAUUGAUGAGCACAACCUCAAUAGUCAGGUAGCUCAGCUAUCUGUAACUGAAGAUGUUGAUAUGAGGGAGGUUCUUACCUUUAACAGAGAGGUAUCUGAGGUUAGGAUCAACAAGGAUAGUAUCAGCAAGAAUGAAGAAAUUCGUACCCAAAGCGGUCAGACAGGAGGAGUCAAUAGAGUUUCUGAGGUAGUUUAUGAUGAUGUGGAUGCUUUUAACUCUGCCUAUGAGUUUUUCAUAACUACAGCAGGUCUCGACUGCGAAUCCAGAUGGAAAAGCUUCAUCAAUGCCAAGAAACUGAUAGAAGAGAAAUUCAAUUCCUUAAUUGCCAGAGGAAAGACACGCCUGACCAUGCUUGCCUUAAAGAUUGACAACAAGGAGAGUGUUGAGAAAUAUUUAAUGAGAUUUCUAAAGGCAGCGUCUUUGGCUGGAAUUAGUAGUGAGGAUCACUUGUUAGGCAAGAUUUUUAUGAAAAGCUUGCCAACAAACUGGCACAAUGCUAUCUUUACUAAUUUGAAUUCAAAAAACAAUAAGAACAGCUAUUUGAUGACUGUUAAACAAGUUGACAAGGCAACAAAGCACAUUGCAAUUGUGAGAGAUAAUUCUGAGAAGAGAGUGUUGACUGGACACAAGAACAAGAAGAUAAGACAAGAUUUCUAUGAAGAAAUUGAGGAAGAAGUACUAGUCCAACCCAGGAAUCUCAGGGCAAAAAACUACCCGUUUAGAGCAACCAACAACAAUGGCAACAACAAUCAGGCAGGAAUCUCGCACAAUCACCAUCUGUGUCAUUACUGCGGGGAAAACUUUUCUUGGGGUCACAAGUGCAAGAAGUAUUACUCGGCCUUCUCAGACAAGAGAAACAACAACAACAACAACAAUAAUAACAAUUACAAGUCCAACAGGGCAAGCAACAAGGGUGGCAAUAACAGCAUAUCAGUAGAUAUGGUAUUUGCCAAGAGUGGCUUACACGCCAGCAAGUGGGCUCCUCAAGCUAAAAACAAAGGAGUAAAACUCAUGGCCAUGUAUAAUUCUGGGACGGACACAAGCUGUUUAAAUUUAUAUACACUCAAGAAAUUCUUUAAAAAUGUAACCAUCAAUAAAAUACAAGGAGUUAUAAAAUAUUUUGCUGCAGACAGCAGUAGCUAUGCACAAAAGUUAGGAUAUAUAAAUCUGUUAGCUGUUGUGUAUGAGGAUGCACCAUAUUGUUGUAGAUAUAAAUUUGAAGUUAUACAAUUUCCUGAUCAUAUUGCUACACAAGCAGACAUACUGUUAGAAACAGAUAUCUUUAAGAAAUUAGAUAUACGAAUGACUGGAAUUGCAUAUUGUUAUCCUCUGGAAUUCGAAGACAACAGUGAAAAGCCAAAGGACUUGAACUUUGAUAGCAAUAAUUUUUAUAACCCAGAAAACAGUGAUUAUGUAUCAUCAGAGGAAGGAGAAAAUUUUUUUGUAGAAUUUAGCCAAGCCAUAAAAACCAAUGAGACUAUCAAAUCAGGAACAUUCUGCAAUGUGCCCACCUUGGAAUAUAUUCCUGAAAUAAGAAAACGAUUGGAAGAAUGGUUGACCAAUGAAAUAGUUGUUCUGACAGAGCCCAGCACUUGUUAUAAUUCAUCUUUAUUAGUGAUUCCAAAGAAAGACGAGGAUGGAACAAUGACAAAACUUCGUAUUGUGUCUCAGCCAGAAAUGGUGUUUUUGAAAUUGGAUCUGAAAAAUGCGUAUAAUUCAUUCAAAGUCAAAGAAGCUGACCAAGAGGUGUUAUCCUUCACCUUUGAAAACAAAACUUACAAUACCUCUGCUCAGCAUGCUGUUUUGGUUAACCAGAAUAUAAACAAAUCAUUUGGACCUGAUAUUACAAAGAUCGAUUUUCGAAAAUUAUCCAAUAUAAAUGAAUUGCCUAUCUGUAAAUCAGCUGAGCAAGUGAGAAAACUCAUGGGAACUAUCACCUUCAUGAGAGACUACAUACCCAUGAGUUCAAAAUUAACAGCUCUACUUGAUCAAUUAUGA